UUUCAGAAACCCUAUCGCUACUCAGUAACAUGCUAUUCAUUGUACCCACUUUAGAAUGUUAUUUCAUUUUAUCUGUAUGCUAUAUUUUCUGAUAAAUGGACGAUUCGAUCAAUUCAGUUUCACGGAUGACAUGUGUAGGUUUUCGCGAAACAUGAUGAUAUAUUUCCUGAUUUACUACUUUUUGUUCUCGCAAUUUCAUUAUUUCUUUCUGUAUUUCGUUUUUUUUAUUAUCCAGGCCUCCCGAGCAGCGUUCCAUACAUCAUUUAUAUGGAGGUGUGGGAAUAAAAGUGACCGAAGAUAUGAGGGUUCUUUUACAUUGUAGACGUGUAUUUCUGUCAAAGUGGAGUAUCGGCGUAGCAUUAUCCAUUGCUUUUAUUUCUAUCUCCCUGAUGACAAUGACCUAUGGCAAGUUUACUCUUUACAGCAAUGGCAAGGACAAUCCGAGGAGGGCGUCGCACGACAUCGAGGUCAACUCUCGGCAAAUUUCCCAGAUAAUUUUUCAACAUUUUCACCGCAAAAAACCAAGCAGUACGCCAAAUAAUAUUACCCGAAAUUUGUCUAAGGAAGAUAACUCAAAACUGCCAGAAGGAAAUUCCCGAAAUAUUUCCAACGAAAAUUUCCGAAAUAUUUUGGAAGAACGUGAAUCAGUGGAAAAUAUCACAAGUCGGAAAUCCGGACUUCUAGGAGUCUCAGACGAGGGCAAAAUUAGAGUCCGCACAGAUGAUCAGGGAGUGGUCGAGUCCCGAUCGACAACGUCCACAUCCUCAUCGUCGAGGGUGUCAUCGACAUUUGUUGUCAUCCUGGCGCAGUGGCGUUUUGGCUCUUCAAUCACCGGAGAGCUUUUCAAUCAAAAUCCAAAUAUCUUUUUCCUCUUUGAGCCGUUGUGGUUGGUUGAUAAAAUUAGGAAUAAGAGGCAGCUUCCGUUUUCUCCAUUCCCGCGGGAACUUCAUGAAUACUCGACGAGAACUCUUAGAGAUAUCGCGGCGUGCAAUGUGUCCCAGGAGUUUGUCCGUUUGACAAAUCCUUGGGGCGGUCUUAUCAAGAACCGUGCGAUAUGUCAGGCAACAGGAAAAAUAAAUCAAUGUAAAUUUCGAAGUUCUGACAUGGUAAAUAACCUGUGUACUACAUACAAUGGGAUCAUGGCUACGAAGGUCAUCCGGGCUGAUCUCGGGAAUAUAAAACCCUUGGUAGUCGAGGACAAGGUCAAUGUCAAGGUCAUUCACUUAGUUCGAGAUCCAAGGGGGUCAGCUGCUUCGCGUAUCCACUAUUACUUUGAGGAGUGGAGCAACCUGGUGCGAGCGCAUGAGGCGGAGUUCCAGAAGAAGGGCCGGCUUGCACCCCUCGGGCUUACAAACUCUACUGAACGCACUGGAGUCUCCAUUCAUACCAUGUGCAAAUGGAUGCGGGAGACUCGAGAAGAAGCAAAAACAAUGCCAGACUGGCUUCGGGGCAGAUACUACCUUCUCAGAUACGAAGACUUCGCGGCAGCGCCUCUCAACACAACGGAGGACCUUUACCGAUUUGUAGGGUUACCCCUGCCACAGAGCGUCAGGGAAUGGGUCCGCAAUAAUACACAAGCAAAACGCAGCGAUCCUGGAACGUUUUCAGUGCAUAAGAAUUCGCGCAAGAUCGCUCAGAAAUGGAUGAAGGAUCUCAGAGAGCUUGAGAUAAAACAGGUUGAACAUGAUUGUGGAGAUGUCAUGGAGGAUCUUGGAUACCAGAGAUACGCAACGCUCAAAUUAGCACAAACAUAAGACCGAUCUUAGGCCAACAUAAUCUAUCCUGCAUAAAAUGCAAAAGGCGGAGAUAAUAACUACAACUCAUAAUUUCAACUCAGUUGCUGCUUGGAAUAUGACUGUGUAUGACGUUUUGACAACGAACUAGCUAUUAUAGCUCAGCAAUACUUAGUCGUAAAUAUUCACUUCUGUAAGUCCUAUUUCUUACAGUAUUGUUAAGAUUGUAUUUUUUUUUGUAAAUUGCCGACUAGUAUACUCCUUUUGGUCUAAGUUAAGCUAUAUUAUAUGCCUCCCCAUUUCGAAACAACUUAAGUUCAUUUAGUUUGAGGAACUUUUUUCUUAACACAAUUUUCACGCCAUUUUAACCUCCCCAACCACUCCAUCACUGACAUGAUGCUACAGGGCAUCGAAUCUUUAGGUACCCGUCCUGACACAGUCCGUACUAGCAGAGAGAAGCUCUGGAUGAGACGACUUCGCACCACCCAACCUCAUGGCUUGAACAUCCAAGAGGGAAACGACUGAUUAUUCUUUCCUAUCCACUUUCAAUUUAUAUAUACAUAUCAUUUUUCCCCUCAGCUCUUUUGAAUAGUUACAUUAUAGUUUCUUCCUCUACUUUCCUCCCAUAUCUCAUACAAGCUCGGCUCCAAUUUUUCCUUCCUUAUUCAGGCGAUAUAAUAAUUAUUAUAUAUAUAUUUUUUUUCUCCACUCACCUCUUUUAGAUUUACCACAUUUGCUUAUUUACAUGUAUACUAUGGUUUCUUCAUAUAAUACACCCCCUCUCAUCUAUAUUUGCUUUUACCUUUUUAGGCAAUUUGCUUCCUCUUCCUCACAUAUACAGGUUUUUUUUUUUUUUUUUUUUUUUUUUUUUUUUUUUUUUUUUUUCCUACUGUAUAGUCCUAUGUUUUUUUCCCGUCACACCUAGCGGAUUACAAUAUCAGUUACACCAUAUGUGUAUUUAUAUUUUUUCAUAUACUUUUCUUUUUUGGAUAUAUUUAUAAACAUAUCACUUAUAGAUACAUAUUUACACUUACCUUCUUCUCUUAGUUUGUUUAAUGCUUUAUCAUAUAUACUUAUACGUCUUUCGCACAUUAUCAGUUGUUCCCCAUUCUUUUCCUUUUUUCCCCCACUCUUAUGCACCAGUUUAUUAUGCCUUUCUUUGUAACCUGUUUGACCCACCUCUCACUAAUUCUCUAGUUAUUCAUCCCUCUAUCACUGUUUUGUUCCAGAUCCUGUUUGAUGUUGCCUGCCUCAUUAUCUUAAUCCCUCUUGGCCUUACUUACACUAACUUCCCUUUGUGUCUGCCUACUCCUUUUCUUUCAUCCCCUUCACUAACAUGAUUGGUCUUCUCUACUCACUGAUGCCCCUUUUGUCUCCUUGUUUCUAGGAUCGAAAGCUUAGGCCCCUCAUUGACCUUACAAUUUUCACUUGAAAAAAUAAAAGAAAAAAAAUGCGAAGAGGAAA